AUGAAAGAGAUGUUCUCAUCAAAGCUUCUGUCGCGACGAACGAAAGAAAGGUUAUAUAUCACAUAUUUGCGCCCCAUAGCAACAUAUGCAUGUGAAACAUGGGCAAGUACAAAUGGAGAUGAAGAAAAACUCUCAAGCUUCGAAAGGAAAAUAUAUGGUCCAGUAUAUAAUGUGAAUUCAGGGAUAUUCGAAAGAAGAAAGAAUAACGUAAUACAAAGACUUUUUAGCAACCCAAGUAUAUGCCAAUUCGUCCAUAGUAAGAUAAUAGAAUGGGCAGGCCACGUGUGGCGGGCAGAAAGAUGCCUCAUACGGAAGGUUAUGGUGGGGAACCCAACUAGAAAGAGACCGCUGUGGAGACCACGUCAGAGAUGGUUUGAUACGGUGAAGAGAGACCUGUUAAAAAUAAACAACACCUUCAGCAUAGGCAUGGCAACGGAUAGGAAUCAGUGGAGAAGGAUUGUGAAAGCGGCAAAGGACUUCAAUGGUCCGUAUUAA